AAACAAAGUUAAACGGGAGAUUUGUUUUGAAAAUCCAAUGACCGGAAACUGUGACAGUCGCUGACUUGUUAGCUUUUGUGACACGCUGUGUCCUCCAACACUCGAGAUUUGGCAGCCGGUCAUUUAAGGUCAAGAGCACCAAAAUCAUGGUGUUUGAGGAGAAGAUGAUCCUGAACGGAGAGCCCGGGGAUGAGGAGGAAGAAGAGGAGGAAGAAGAGCAAGACAUGGUGGAUCCCCUUGAAACGAUGCGACAGAAGUGUGAAGAGACAGAGCACUGCGUUCACACUCGGGAGCGCCUGGAGCAUUGUGAGACCAGAGUUGGCUCCCGGUCUUCGACGGCGGAGGAUUGUACUGAGGAGCUGUUUGACUUCCUGCAUGCUCGGGACCACUGUGUGUCAAACAAACUCUUCCAUUCGGUCAAAUGAAGUCUUCCUGUUGCACCGCUGGCUGAUGACAUUCUUCAAAUAUUGUAUUAUGAGGAGAACAUGGUUUUAAACACAUUUAUUUGUGGAUAUACUAUAUGUUGUAACUUUAAACAUAUACUAUAGUGUAUCUGUAUGUGUGAAGGAAGUAUUUCAUUAAAGAGCUUUAUAACCUUA